GCCACACCAAACAUGAAGACUCUUCAGUCAGCCGUUGCGUGACGUCAUCACUCUGCGCCCACCAAAACAAAUGGAAACAUCGACGAGAAAAUGCACACUGUACACCUGGGGCGCUAACAGUUUUGGGCAGCUGGGGCUAAAGAACGCUGAAGAUCAGGUGAAGCCGCAGCGUGCAGAAUAUGGAGAGGAAGCAAGAACAUUACGGGCCAUCACCGGCGGAGGUGGACAUUCAGCGUUCAUUACUGAGUCUGGGGAGCUGCUGGUAUGUGGACAGAAUCACAAAGGCCAGCUUGGACUUGGCCAUGUGUCAGAGGUCAUAACCUUUCAGCUUUGCCAGUUACCUGGUGCCAGGACUGUUCAGCAAGUGUCAUGUGGCUGGGACUUCACCAUCAUUCUUACAGAUGACGGACAUGUCCUGGCAUGUGGCUCAAAUGCUUUUGGUCAGUUGGGCGUCUCGCCACAGACACGAUACACGGCGCAGCCUCUGCUAAUCACGUCUUUAAGGGAACCUGUCAUCAGUGUAACAGCGGGUCUUAGACAUGCACUCGCAGUAACAGGUUCAGGUGGUGUGUAUCAGUGGGGUACAGGUCUGUUAAGUCGAGCGAAACGAGCACUGAAUCCUCAGCCUGUCCCGGCCCACCUCAGCUCCAAGGAGCCCUGCUUAGUCACAGGGCUGGACCAGGUACCUGCCAAGAGUGUGACUGCAGGCUCUGCGCACUGUGCCUGUUUGACAGUGUCCGGUGAUUUGUUCCUAUGGGGCAGCAAUAAACAUGGCCAGCUGUGUAGAAAAGAGACCUUCCUCCCUCUGCCUACAGCUUUAGACCGGUCCCUAUUAAAUGGAGAAAGCGUUUCAGCUAUACACAGUGGCUGGACACACCUAAUCGCCCAAACAGAGAGUGGGAGAGUCCUUACAUGGGGAAGAGCCAGUUAUGGACAGCUUGGGAGACAAGUGACCGUCAAUGACGGUACCGAAUCAAGUCUUCCUUCAGAGGUCAGGACACUUCAUGGAGCCACUCAGAUUGCAUGUGGCUCGGAGCACAACCUUGCCAUCGUCGGAAAUCGGGUCUUUUCCUGGGGUUGGAAUGAGCAUGGAAUGUGUGGAGAUGGUUCUCUUUGUGAUGUCAUCCAGCCGCAGCCAAUCCCUGAUCUCCAGAAAGCCAAAGCUCUCCUGAUUGGCUGUGGAGCAGGACAUUCCUUGGCACUUUGUUGUUUGAAGACCAGUGAGGAUACUGAAAGCUGAACAGUAUUUAGAAAGGUCUCCCUCUACCUCUCUCUCGUUAUCUCUCUCCCUCUCUCUACCUCUCUGUCUCUUGCGCUCUCUCCCCCCUCUCUCUUUCUCUUGCAUUCUCUCUCUCUCUCUCUACAGUGAGGGAAAGAAGUAUUUGGCCACCAUGGCCAAGACCAAAGAGCUCUCCAAGGAUGUCAGGGAGAAGAUUGUAGACCUACACAAGUCUGGAAUGGGCUACAAGACCAUUGCCAAGCAGCUUGGUGAGAAGGUGACAACAGUUGGUGCGAUUCUUCGCAAAUGGAAUAAACACAAAAGAACUGACAAUCUCCCUCGGCCUGGGGCUCCAUGCAAGAUCUCACCUCGUGGAGUUGCAAUGAUCAUGAGAACAGUGAGGAAUCAGCCCAGAACUACGCAGGAGGAUCUUGUCAAUGAUCUCAAGGCAGCUGGGACCAUAGUCACCAAGAAAACAAUUGGUAACGCACUACGCCGUGAAGGACUGAAAUCCUGCAGCGUGCGCAAGGUCCCCCUGCUCAAGAAAGCACAUAUACAUGCCCGUCUGAAGUUUGCCACUGAACAUCUGAAUGAUUCAGAGGACAACUGGGUGAACGUGUUGUGGUCAGAUGAGACCAAAAUGGAACUCUUUGGCAUCAACUCAACUCGCCGUGUUUGGAGGAGGAGGAAUUCUGCCUAUGACCCCAAGAACACCAUCCUCACCGUCAAACAUGGAGGUGGAAACAUUAUGCUUUGGGGGUGUUUUUCUGCUAAGGGGACAGGACAACUUCACCGCAUCAAAGGGACGAUGGACGGGGCCAUGUACCGUCAAAUCUUGGGUGAGAACCUCCUUCCCUCAGCCAGGGCAUUGAACAUGGGUCAUGGAUGGGUAUUCCAGCAUGACAAUGACCCAAAACACACGGCCAAGGCAACACAGGAGUGGCUCAAGAAGAAGCACAUUAAGGUCCUGGAGUUGCCUAGCCAGUCUCCAGACCUUAAUCCCAUAGAAAAUCUGUGGAGGGAGCUGAAGGUUCGAGUUGCCAAACGUCAGCCUCAAAACCUUAAUGACUUGGAGAAGAUCUGCAAAGAGGAGUGGGACAAAAUCCCUCCUGAGAUGUGUGCAAACCUGGUGGCCAACUACAAGAAACGUCUGACCUCUGUAAUUGCCAACAAGGGUUUUGCCACCAAGUACUAAGUCAUGUUUUGCAGAGGGGUCAAAUACUUAUUUCCCUCAUUAAAAUGCAAAUUAAUUUAUAACAUUUUUGACGUGCGUUUUUCUGGAUUUUCUUGUUGUUAUUCUGUCUCUCACUGUUCAAAUAAAUCUACCAUUAAAGUUA